CCGUCCACUCCAGCCCUAGCUAGCUAGCCUAGCCAACCGGCCGCCCCCAGUCACUCAGAUCCAAGGCAGCACAAGGCAGAUCGAAUCCAAUCGAGCCGAGCCCCGGCGGACCGACCACCGCUGUCCUCUCCCUCCCUCCCGCCCGCGCCCCCUCCUCCUCCGCUUCGCUUCGCUGCUUCGCUGCUUCCCGCUUCAAAUCUUUUCUUCCCAUGGCUUCCAACGCCCUGGCGCCCCAGACGCAGGCGCAGCCCAAGCCGACGAGGGUCUCGCUUUCCUACGAGGAGAUCUCCAAGCUCUUCUCUCUCCCCAUCGCCGAGGCUGCCUCCAUCCUCGGAGUCUGCACCAGUGUCUUGAAGAGGAUAUGCCGCACCCACGGAAUUGUCAGAUGGCCCUAUCGAAAGCUUGUUUCUGGGAAAGCUGGUGAUGACACGAAAAAUUCUGAAAGAGAGAAAGCUAAGGAACUUCUUGAGCUGUCAAAAAUUGCAAAACAAAAGGCUUUCAGCUCAUCUGGUGCACUAACAACGUCAUCAAGCAUUUCCCAAGGAGCAGCAAAACCUCAACAGAGCAGUUCUAAGGCAGUAGGAGGGCAGAUUUCACCCUCAGGUAAACAAAAUGCUUCACCAAGCUUGGCCCUGGCUAGCCAAACCAAAGGCAUCCCAACCUGCAUGGAUGAUUUCAAGUUCGGAUUUCCAUCUUCUGGCUUGUCUUGUGAAACUAUGAAAUGGUGGGGGGCUAGCAGCCACACAGACUCUGCGCCUGCAAAAGAUGGAAGCCGUGAAGCCCAUGAAUCAAUAAUACAUGACGCAUCAAGAGGCAUGACUGAUGAUGAGUUGGACUGGGGAGCAGAUGAAGCCGAAGAUGACAUUGUAACAGCCGAACCAUCAGCGCUGCUGUGCUCCCUGAGAAGGAAAGCAGUAGAUGACGGACGCAAGCUAUUGAAUGGUGACACCCGCAGGGGCCAAGAAUUCUGUCGACUGAACAAGAGGCAGAAGCUGGUGCUGGCCCAGGUAUUCGGUGCUUCACUGCCGGAGCAGUGGAGGAGCAAGCUCAUGUGAUUUUGUUUUCUAUUGUAACUCUAUGUAGUAACUGAUGUGGUUGCCCUCCCUCUUCCUGUGUAUACAACCUAUCUAUCCUGAGCUGAGCUGACCCAUUUCAUUUCAUUUCAUUUGUGCGUGUUGGAAUA